UAAAAGAUGAAAACUUUGUUGGUCAAAAACUCCUUUUUGUAUUAUAGGUUAUUUUACAUUAAACACGUUUUUGCUAAAUAUGUGUGAGCGCUUUUUCUUGUCGGCAUGUGUGCAGCUUUUAAUCAGUAAGAUGAUACUUUUAAUUUCACCGGUUGUCAACUUGCAAAGAAAGAGCCAAACCACUCAAAUUACGUUAAUCAUAUAGCAAUAUUGUUUUAGAAAUUAGAAUACCAAUAUAAUCCAAUGUUUUCUUUUGUGAAAAACACACUUUAUUUAACGAUUAAACGAAUACAUUAUAUGCAUUAUCUAACAAAAAGUAAAAGUACUAGAUUUUUAUGCUAAGAGAUUGGUCUUCCGAUCGAAUCCAUUACAUCCCUAAAAUGUUAAUCAUUGGAGUUCUGUAAACAGAAUAGACUUAAAAUGUGGGAUAAGCCACAAAAACUAUAUAGGACCAUCUGCACAAAAGUAAUUAGGCCUAAUGCUACUGGGCUUUACUUAAAAGCCUAAAAUAGUAUUGUGACGAAUGUGGAGAGCCGUUUUGGAUUUAUUCAACCCGUUAAUAAAUGUUUAAAUCACUUUGUAAAUGUAAGAUGGUUACUAAUCACUUUUACGAGGUGAUUUGAAGCAAUUAAGUAAUGCAGAGAUUACGAUAUAAUUUUGGGAAGCAUCAACUUUUGACCAACGCUUUGAAUCGCUCUCUUUCUCUAUAAAUAGCCAUUUCUCAAACUCAUUCUUUACAAACUCAUAAAUCUCCAAAUUCUUGAUCAUAAUCAAAUCUGAAGAAUGAGUGGGAAAAGCAGUAGCGGCGGUGGAGGAAAGAGCAGUGGCGGUGGAGGAAAGAGCGGCGGCGGUAGUGGAAGUGGCAACGGAGGAAAAAGUGGUGGAAGUGGCAACGGUAACAUGGUAGCACCAGGGACAAAUGGGGGUGCUUACAUUUCAAGAAGUGGAUUUGAGAGUAACCCUCAAGGUUACUUUAGUAACUUGCAUGGUAGUGGUCCUAGUGGACAAAGCAAGAAGUGACUUGAGUGUUUGUAUUAUACUACAACUCUACAAGCAUGCAUGAGUCAUCUUCUCUGAUCUAUUAUUCUCUAGUUAAUAAAAUGCAAUGAAGUAUUAAAUAAAUGAGAUUUUUAUCUUUAUGAA